AUGGCAGAGGAACACAUUGCUGCUGGAGGUAUAGUGGAAGUUAAUACUGCUUUACAAGAGGUGCUGAAGACUGCCCUCAUCCACGAUGGCCUAGCACACGGAAUUCGCAAAGCUGCCAAAGCCUUAGACAAGCGCCAAGCUCAUCUUUGUAUGCUUGCAUCCAACUGUGAUGAGCCUGUCUACGUCAAGUUGGCAGAGGCUCUUUGUACAAAACACCAAAUCAACCUAAUUAAGGUUGAUGACAACAAGAAACUAGGAGAAUGGGUAGGCCUCCAUAAAACUGACAGAGAAGGAAAAUCCUGCAAAGUGGUUGGUUGCAGUUGUGUGGUAGUUAAGGACCAUGGCAGAGUCUCAGGCCAAGGAUAUCAUUGA